AUCAGGGCUUUUCUCAUGCUGCAAGAGGCACUUAUCUUUCUCCAAAUCAGCCUAGGUUCUUCAAGAGCAGCUCCACGCAGUUGCCAGCUUCCCUCCAUGUGGUGCCCCAGCAUGCCCUGUACUGGCGAUGCCACACGUAGCAUUCGCCUGCCCUGGAGAACGGAGCCUACCUCUAGGGGCACCAAUGCCUCUGCUCUGGAAAAAGACAUCGGCCCAGAGCAGUUUCCCAUCAAUGAACACUACUUUGGACUGGUCAAUUUCGGGAACACCUGCUACUGUAACUCCGUGCUGCAGGCAUUGUACUUUUGCCGGCCGUUUCGGGAAAAUGUGUUAUCAUACAAGGCCCAACAGAAAAAGAAGGAAAAUCUCUUGACUUGCCUGGCAGACCUUUUCCACAGUAUUGCUACUCAGAAGAAGAAAGUUGGAGUUAUUCCACCAAAGAAGUUCAUAUCGAGGUUACGAAAAGAGAAUGAUCUCUUUGACAACUACAUGCAGCAGGAUGCACAUGAGUUUUUAAAUUACUUGCUGAAUACCAUCGCCGACAUUUUGCAGGAGGAGAAGAAACAGGAAAAGCAAAAUGGGAAACUGAAAAAUGGCAACAUGAAUGAAGCUGAAGAGAAUAAUAAACAAGAACUCACCUGGGUGCAUGAGAUUUUUCAGGGAACACUGACUAACGAAACUAGAUGUUUGAACUGUGAAACCGUUAGUAGCAAAGACGAAGAUUUUCUUGACCUUUCUGUUGAUGUGGAGCAGAACACAUCAAUUACACACUGUCUAAGAGACUUCAGCAACACAGAGACAUUAUGUAGUGAACAGAAAUACUACUGUGAAACUUGCUGCAGUAAACAAGAGGCACAGAAAAGGAUGCGAGUAAAAAAGCUGCCAAUGAUUCUUGCCUUACACCUCAAGAGAUUCAAGUAUAUGGAACAAUUGCACAGGUAUACUAAGCUGUCAUAUCGUGUAGUAUUUCCUCUGGAGUUACGUCUCUUCAACACAUCUGGUGAUGCUGUCAACUUAGAUCGGAUGUAUGACUUGGUAGCUGUUGUUGUUCACUGUGGAAGUGGACCAAAUCGUGGGCAUUAUAUUACUAUUGUGAAAAGUCAUGGAUUUUGGCUCUUGUUUGAUGAUGACAUUGUAGAGAAAAUAGAUGCUCAAGCUAUUGAAGAAUUCUAUGGACUGACCUCUGAUAUCAAAAAUUCAGAGUCUGGUUAUAUUUUAUUCUAUCAAUCAAGAGAGUGACUUGGCAAACUGUGACAAUUGCACACCACAAUGCUGCACGCAAAGAAGGUGAUGCCCCCCCCUGAACCAACCUUUACAAUGACCACAUCUUGUAUGGUUGAACAAUGAUAAGUCUGUCUCCUAUUAAACAGUCCACGUGGUAUUGACUAUAACCGUUCACUUUUGACAUGCAGAACUUUAUUUUGGCGAGGGGGGUUAGUUUGUUGUUUUUAAGACUGAUUGAAAAUUUAAUUGCAGUCAGAUUUUAGUGGAAUUUAUAUGGACUAACAUUUACAGAUAAUAAGAUCUGGAUGUCAACUGUUAAACCCAAUCCAGCUAGAGUAGUAUUUUAUAUGGAAGUGUUCAUUGCAUUUAGGGCAAAAUUGUUUAAAGCUUUCUAAAUGACUUUGGGGUGUGUUGAUUUACAAAGCAUUCCCAUAAAUACACUCUGACAUAUACUUACCCAAUUUAAGUGUAUGAAAAAAAAUCUGCUUCAUAAUGACUGGAAUUGUGGUUGCAUAGGGGAUUUUUUUAUUUAUUUUUAACAUGUUACUCUCCUCUGCAAAGAUAUUCUUCCAAAAUCACUUAAGCUUUGGGUUUUUAAAAACUUUCAGUUUAUAACUUCAGGCCUAACAUUCACAUAGAGGGAGUUAAAUUGCAAUGGAACAAAGUAAUGCUGUAUAUCCAGUCAGUGUGCUAACCAUGUGAUAGUACAGCUAGGUGAGAUUUCAGAACUUAGAGAGCACUGGAUGACACAUAUGACACAGAGAUAAGUAACAUUUAUAGAGACUGGUCUUAUCUUUCUGUUGAAACAGUAUAAUAAAGUCCUUACUUAAUUUAGUUUGCAGAGAUACCAACACUGCUCACGUACAACAUAUCCACCAGGACUGAAAUUACACAGUCCUGCUAAAUGUGUGUUGUUGGUACAAUACAUAAGACAGGGCUUGAUCCUGUCUUUUCUGAAUAUCUGUAGGUCCCAUGUACAUUUCUCAAGAAGAAGUCCAUUUCUUAGCAACGUAACAGCAUAUAACAACCAUUAAUUUACACACGCUGCCAUGUAUAUGCCAUUGCUAGUGUUUUAGCCAUGUUUGAUAGCAUUUGGAUCACCACAAAGCCAAAUAGGGCUCUUGAGGGUCUGAUUUUAAAAAUAUCAAAAUGCUUAGUGCAACUGUUUCUGAUUUUUCUGGGUGAAUUUGGCUGGCAGUAGUCAUGCACUGGUUAAUAAAACUGCUGAACACACAUACUAGAAUUUGGCAAAAAAAGAAUGUAGAAGAAAGUAUCAACAGGGUAUGAGGAGAGAUGGAAAGCAGGAUGAGGCAGUGGUAACACCGGGUUAGCUUGCUUGGUUUGACACUCCUUUAUGCAAUGCUUGAACCCCGGUAGCCAAAUACCUAUUCCAAUGAAGUCAACAGCAAAGAAACUCCUGCUGUCUUCAAGGGGACUGAAAGUUGGUUCCAGUAUUUACAAGGAAAUUUUCUCAUCUCACAAAAUGUAUUUCUGCUUGUUAUAUUUUAUUCACUCUUGUUUGGUAUUUAUUAGUCAAUGUUGCUUUUGGUACUUUUCUUUUAGAAGCCUGCCUACCACUUUAUGGCAGACACUGUUUCAGAAAAUGGCUUUAGAAGCAGAGCUAAAUGUUAUAUUUUAGUUUUCUGUAGGAAAGAGAAAAACAUUUUUCAUUGUAAUCUACUGUGAAUGUGGAAUAUCUUUUUGUUGAAUAACAGUGAAAAUGAAAUACUAGCUUCUACUGUAACAUCAGCUGAACAGCUGGAUUUAUCAAUGGCCAUUUUGUAAACAAAGGAAACAUAGCACUUUACACUGAAGGAGAAACAAAAGUGGACUUUUCAUAUAACAUUAUAUGUGGUUUAUCAUGUUAUACCAAUACAAGAAAACACGUAGAAUGUAACCUUAGAGUACUGAGGUAGGUGAGUAACAGUAGAGGUCUGCAGAGAUCAUUCACAUGAAUGAAGGUUGUUAUGCAGGCUAAAGACAAGCAUAAUUGGGAUGCAGUUGUUGUCCUUUUAUUGAUGAUGGAAUGAAAUGUUCUGUCUGUAACACAAAAGACAGACAUCAUACAGGAGACCGGCUCUCACUGAGGCCCAGGAGAUUUUUCCACUGAAAAGCUAAACCUGCAUAUCCUUCUUUAAUGGAUGUAUUUAUGAGCAUUCAGAAUUGCCACAUUACAAGUGUAAUAAUCACUUGCCUUUUAAAACAGGAGUGUUUCCUGAUUGUGAAUGAAGACACUCCAGUUCAGCAGUCACCAGUAUUGGUCCAAGAGUCUGUACUUUACAGUUUACUACAGAACAUUCACAGGGCAUUCUUCAGUUUUAAAGCAAGCAACAAAAAAUACAUUCUUAAUGUAUCAAUUGAAUGUUUGAGGCUUGUGUUUGUAUGUAAAGUAUUUUUGCGUAAAAAUAACUUUAAGAUCAGUUCAAUUUUAGGAAAAGUUUUUCAUAUUUGAAUUAACUUAUCUGAAAAAUGAUUUUUUAAUGUUAAUAAAAAUGAAGUAAUAUAUAAAUGAUCAAGUAUAGGAUACUAAUCUUUGUUUUUCUCCAGCUGCAAGACAGCUCUAGGUUGUAAAACAUACAGAUAACUGUUGUACAUUACUGCUUUUCAUAAAGUGUGAAAACUGUGUUAAAAAUGAAUUGCCCAACUUUUCUGUUACAAAUGAGAACAGAUGCGUAAGAUUUAUGAGAAAAUAUUGUACAGGUACUUAUAGCAGGAGUUUGAGAUCACAUCACUGGUAUCUCACCAGUCAGUGGUUUGACAUCAACUCUGAAAAUCGUGGAACAUUCACUUUAUGCUAAUGCCAGCUAAAGUAAGGAGCAUUUUCUUUUGAUUCUAAAUAAUAAAUGUUCUUCAGUCAGGAGAAGUUCUAUCUAUGUCAAAUUAAGCACAUUUUGCAGGAUUAGGAUUGUCACAGGAACAAUAUUACGAUGUAAAAUAUUUUAGUUGAUUAAAAAAAAACGUAAUCCUUUCUUAAGCUUAUAUAUAGAUUUCCAGUCUCUUAUGAGAAAAAAUGGUAAAAUAUCUAGGACAAUCAAAGUUUUUCAGUCAGCCUCUAGAACACAAAAAUAUAGCACAGAUGUCUAUGAGUGUCCUGUACUUCCUUAAAAUGACUGUUUUUAUGGUUCUGAGUGUAUUAGGCCUAAUGACAUCUGAAGUUCUCUACUUGUUUCAUGUGUUGUUACCAAGAAGUUUAUAAAACUUACUACCAUGUUCUUACUUUGAAAAAGAACACUUUUGUCCUGUGCUGUUUUUCAGGUAAACCCGAUGAAGCACUGCAGUGCUGAUGAAUCAGUUAUCUUAGAGGAUGAGCUUAGACCUCCACUUCAAUGUUCCGCAGAACAGGCUGUCAGGAUUUUAUGUAAUUUCUAUUUCUGGGACACAGCAGAGGGAGGCAGAGAGGGAGUGAUGGAGGAACCAUAUCGGUGAAGCAGAACACCAUGUUGCAAUUAAGUCCCCAGAUUGCUUCUGUCAAUUCAAUUUUAAUAAUUUACAGUUACCACAGAGCAGCAGAUAACAUCUUAAAGAUGUUGUUCCUUUAGCAGUUGUAGUAAAGGAAAUAAAGCAGUAGGUGUUUUCCUUCACGUUAGAAUGAAUAAAGGUAUUAAAGACUUAAGCUGAAAUUAAAAUUCAUGUUAUGUGGUGGGUCCUAACGUGCUACCACACCUGUCUUUUAUCUUCAGACAUUACAUUUAAUUCUCCCAUCUGUAACAACAUCACCUACUUGGGACUGGAGCUGACAACUUGCAGCUGCCAGUGAUUUGAUGUCUCUCAGCAGCAGCCCCUUCUUGAUUUAUCACAUUUUCGCUGCGUGUGGCUGGCAAGUUUGAGCAGUAUCUUAUAGCUAAAUGUGUGCUAGUAAUAUUAAGAAGUUUUGGAUUUAUACCUGCUCCAUGUUAGAACUUUUAUCAAAGUCUGUUUUAAUUUAUUUCUCUUUUGUUUCUCUGUUAAUGUAUUUGUAUAAUAACUUACGUAGUUAAUAUUAUUAGUUUUCUGUUUUAAUUUUUACAUACUUUAAGUUUUUAAAUGUAACCAACCUAAGCACUUUAAGCAUCAGUGUCAAUCUUGUGAAAUUCCAAUCAGCUUAACACUUUGCUGUUGUCUUUUUGUUUUUGCAACCUUCUGCUUGUGAUGCAGCAUCUCUAGUUACAACCCAAUUUCCAUUUCUAUGUUUGUAGUCCUAGUUGGGCUGUAAAUUUGGGAAGCACAAAUUUGUUCAUAUGUAUUUGUUCAUAUUGCUGUGGAAGGUGAGAGGGCAAACACACUGUAAACACCGCAAGGAUGACAAGGAUGCAGUAUUUAUAGUGUGUCUGUCCUCUCACCUUCUGUAGCAAUAUGUAUGUGAUGAAUUGCACUUACACCUCAGAUUUCACGGCAUUUUUUGCACUCUAUCUGCAAGACUACAGAUAAAGAAUGGAAUGGCUGCAAUACUUCCUUCUGUUACAUAGUUAUUAAUGACCAUAAUUUAGAAAAGCUCCACUUCUCCCAAGAAUAUUCUCUUUUACCAAACACUUACCUGUCAAUCAACUGAUAAUGCACAUAGUGCUCUAUUUGCCAUUUUACCUGUGCUCUGUGCAAUCUCAAACAUGAGUAAUCUUAAGAGCUGCAUUUAUUCUUGGCCUUCGUGUGAGUACAAGCAAGGAGAGCAAUCUUUCUGUAUCUUCCUUCUCUCCACUUGGGCUCAUAUAAAGGAAAGAGGUAGGAUACAUGCUAGUAAAAAAUAAAAUAAUAACACUCCAUCUAUCAAAGAUGCUGAAUAUUUCUUGCAGAGCAGUGUUGAUGGUAACUAUAUUAGAAAAUCACUGACUUUGCUUUGUUAGUGCAAAACUAAUUGCAAAAGGUUGUUAAUUUAUUUUAGACAUUGUACUCUCUUCGAUCAAUGAAAAGACCAGGACUUUUUCCUGUUGCUGCAGUUCUGUUGGUGAGGUGUUUCUUAUCGAUUUAACAUGGCACUGAAUAUUUAAACAGCCCUUGGCAAGCCUCAAAGACACCCUUUUAAUUUCUUUCCAGCUAAUGUGCAUUACUUUGGGGAGAUUGCUUGAACCCGUCCACAAGAAUGAUUUAGAUUAGCAUUUUUGCAUACAAGGUCAAACAACACCUACCAGGUAUGUGCCCACCUGAUGGGACCAGCUGGGCUAAGCCCACACCUUUUUACACACUAAUGAUUCCUUACCCCCUAGGAGGUUUGCUUGCUGGCUUUGCCUGGAGGAUUUAAUAUGAGGCUGCACAUAACUCCCUUUAUUCACGGUCUCAGAGUUGCUAUAAUUCUUUAAUAAUUCUGCUUCACUGGGUUAUCAGGGCUGGGACCAUUGCACAAUGUAAAAUAAAUUAACUUGUGUGUGUCAUUUACAAUGGGCAAUUUAACAGCUUAAUGCUUCCGAUGAAGGCUGUUACAGGUGGCAACUUUGCUGUAUGAAAGACUCUUAAAGAGUGAUUUUUUUGUGUUAGCAUAGUAGUUUGUAGGAGGAGCUGGACGGCACACAGCAUCUUAACCCUCAGCUUACCCAGAUGAAGUCAGUGCUCCAUCCCCUAGAUAAUCCUAACCCUUCUCCUACGGGUUCCAAAGUGGCAGAAACAAACCCUCUGUGAAGACACCCUGUAGUUCACCACAGCCUGCCACAGUAGAUAAUUAAGAAGUAUUUGCAGCCCUUCUCCCCACAACCUCAAACUCUCAUUAGUAGGAAUACAUUCCUCAAAGAAGCUGUGCUCAAACAUCAGCUUUCUAUUAUUCAUGGUGUUUGUAUCUGCAAGCAUCCCAUGACACUGUGUUCAGAUACUGUAUUAUUUUCUAGUCCUUUUCUCAACUCUCAUUCUAACCCUAAGAGCAACUUGAGGGCAGCUGUGUUACAGAUUCAAGUGUUUAUCCUGGAAAAAAAUUCCAGCUUCAGUGACUUUCAUUAAAGAGCACUAACAGGAGCUCUGUAACUUACCUGUGACUCUUCAGGAGUAAAGUCAGCAUUAUUGUAUGAAUAUGAGUGUAGAGUAGUGGCGAAGAAGAGAAAAAAAAAAAAAAAGAGGAGGAAAUGUGGAAAGGGCUGUUUUGUCUGAGGCUUUGGAUAUGUAUAUCUGUUUGUAAAUAUGCAGUCCCUACCUACCUGGUCAAAAAGGUGCAAUCAUAGAGAAACUAAUUAAGUAUUUUGUGCUAGUUUUUUGAAUGGAGUAAGAGGUAGUAAAACUAUUAGGCAUACAUCUGGGGACACAUAAAAUACUGAAUUUCUUGUAAAGGGUACAAUAUGCCGUGAGUGUGUACAGUUGAGUAUCUGCUCUUUUUAAUCAUGUACAUGUAAUUAAACCCUGCGCUAUCUGCAGAACUGUAAGAUAAACCUCAUGUUGGAUAUUAAGGUUGUAACAUAAGAAAACAUAUUUUCUCCUGUUAACAUGUUUAUAUUUUACAUAAAAUAAACUCCCUAAACUGA